GCCGCAGCUCUGGCUGGCUGUGCGCGUUUGACUGUGUGCACGUGUGUGUGUGCACGCGCAGCCACAGGACCUCUGGGCCUGGCCUUCAGGGGCGCUCCCCGCCCUGGGCUUCCCCGCGGAAGGGAGUGGGGCGCGCGUACCCAGCCCAGGGGCAGGGUCCGACCCGAGGCCGUGUGCAAAUGCAUGCUUCGCGGACUCUUUGUGUGUCUGAGCGCGGCUCCGCGCCGCCGCAGGCACCAUUUUCUGUUUCGCUCAGGACAGGCACAUAAAAGGAAGGCGGCUGCCGCCCGUCGCCGUCCUCUUUUCCUCAGAUGCCCUCUGCUGCAGGUUUAUUAUUACAGUGUAGAGAGGAGAGAGAGUGAACAGGGAGCGGGGCUUUUGUCUGUUUAUUACCCAGAACUCUUUGUCUGGGUCAGUCAAGAACCAUUUCCAAACAAGGACAUGGAGGGAAGGCUUCCUAAGGGAAGACUUCCUGUCCCAAAGGAAGUGAACCGCAAGAAGAACGAUGAGACAAACGCUGCCUCCCUGACUCCACUGGGCAGCAGUGAACUCCGCUCCCCAAGAAUCAGUUACCUCCACUUUUUUUAAUCGUAACACCUCCAUUUGUAUUACAUAUGGUGUAUGGGUAUUGAUGAGGUCAUGGUAUCAUAUAUGGGAUUUUUUUCUGUGUAAAUCAUCAAGUAUAAGAAGAAACUAUGGGACUCUGAGCCUUGCUUUAGAGAAUUUACAGUGGACAAAUAGGUAUCAUCAAACCAGUUUUUAAUCAUUCUGACUCAAGUGAAAAUGCUCAGAAUUUCACACUGUGAAUCCACGUUUACAACCCUUACAGGUGGGCCUUCAGGCCUGGUUCGCUACAACAAUGUCUUCCACAACUCAAACUCCCACCGCGCUCACACAACCGGUCCACUCCUGCCUUUUCACUCACACAGCUCCCGACUGCUUCUUGCAGAGGCUGAGAGUCCCCCCUUUUUUUUUCAUUUAGAUGUAACAAACCUAGUAGUUUAUGUUCAUCAAUUGUCUGUAUAUCUCUAUAUUUUAUCCAUGUACUCUUUUGAUGUAUAGAAGUAGUUUGAAACUCAUUGUUUCCUUGUGGUAAGUGACCGAGAUGCUGCCACAGGACCUGAGACACUGAUGAAUGGUGCUAUUUUGGACUUUCAACAUGCUCCUUGGCGAGGUAGCUCUGAUGGAGUUAUUUUUUAUUUCCAUGUUCUAAGAAGGUGUUGGUACUCUGUUUCCCUGAAUGUUGUUCUCUAGACUGGAUUGACUUGUUUUCCUUGUGUCUUCAGUGUGGCUUUCUUCCUCAGUGUUGUAGGUUGAGCGAAUGCUACCAGAGUGUGAGAGACGAUUGUCUCGUUGGCUGGCACUCACGGACAUGCAGUCACGGUAGCGGGAGCAAUCACAAAACUGUAAUUUACUUACCAAAUCUCUUCCUUUCCGUAGCCUCGCCUGCCUGACUUAGAGAAAGAAAAGCAAUAAUUUUACAGGCAUUUUGAGGUGUCUCUUUGGGUUCUUUCUGUUUGAAAGGAUACUUGUCGGAAAAAAGAGCAAAACCUUUUUAAAUAAACUCCCCCUGGAAAAAAACCCAAAACACUGGCAUCUGAGUAGGAAUAUGAAAAUGACACCUUUUCCAAAUAUUAAGUUGGAAAACAAUGUCUACAAAAUCAUGAUACUUUUUUAAAAGGCAGAGCAUUCUUUUUUCGGCAAUUUUGAUAAGCAAGGUGUAGAUUUACAUUUUUGUCCUUGCUCCCAACGAAAUGGAUAAACAAAAAUAAAUUACCAUCUACUCAUGGAAUGUUGUUGUGUUAGCCAGUCUGAAAGCCCACCUUAAUUUUUAUAUAACUGUCUUUAGCUCUUCUUUUGACAGGGCAGGCCUUGUUCUGAACUGUUUCGCUUCUGACUGUUAAACACCGAUGACGCAUGCACUGCACUUCUUCGUUUUCUUCUUGCUCCCCCAUUGGCCUGAGUUUCUUGUGCAUUACUCCUCUCCCUCCUUCGUUAGAAUAGGUAUAUCAGCUGUGUAAAUAGAGCAAGAAAACAGUAUUCUGCAUCUGUGGCAUUUAUGUAGAGUUGCAGUUGUGUACUGCUGAAAAUGCAGGCUUUUGUAACAGUGUGAUCUUUACUGAUGCACUCAUGACAAGUACCCAAUGUAUUUUAGCUAUUUUAGUAGUAUUUGUUCAAUAAAUACGCAAGCUGUAAGGUAA